CACAGAAAGCCUAAAAAACACCCAAACUGAAACCCAUAAACCGAUAUCCAUACCCAAGCCGAAAACAAUCAAAAUAAAUUCUAUCCAAAUACAAUUCGGUCGCGGUUUCCAUUCUUCUAACAAGAUCUAUACUAUACUAUCUUUUAUUAUCGUGUAUGUGAUAAUAACCCAAAGUUCACCCUUUUUUCUCGCUUUAUAUAUUCCAAGUACUCUGUCAUUUAAAUCUCUUCAAAUUCUAAAACUGAGUUUUAAUUUGGGCAAACAAAAUUUAAAAGAAUGGGAAAAAAUCAAGCUUACAAAGCUAUGCAGCGAGCGAGGGUUGGUUCUAGCUCAGCCGGACCUGAAGAUGUUGAUGAUGGAAUGGUGGAUGGUUCUUUUCAUACACCAGAGUGGCAUGCUGCUCGUUUGGCAAGCCUUAAAACUUCUCAUACAGUUACCUGGGAAGAGUUCAAAAAGAAACAGAAGGAAGAAGAAAUGAGAAAAGGCGAGCUAGAAGCAGACAAAGAUAAAAUGAUGAGGGAAUACAGAGCUCAGCUAGAUGCUGAAAGGGCCAUCAAGCUCUCUCAGGGGAGGAACCAUUCCAGCAGUAAACACAGCCGUAAAAAGGAUAAGAAGGACAAAGAUACAAAGAAACACAAAAGCAAAAAGAGAAAGGUGAAGAUUUUGUUCAAUCUAGACCUCUUUCCUUUGCUUGUGAGAAUGAAAAGUUGCCGAUAAUCUUACUUAGGUUAA